AUGGCGCUGACACAAGGAACAAAGAAGAAAGUUUGCUAUUAUUACGACGGUGACGUUGGGAACUACUACUAUGGCCAAGGCCACCCGAUGAAGCCCCAUAGAAUCCGCAUGACUCAUAACCUGCUCCUCAACUAUGGCCUAUACAGAAAGAUGGAGAUUUACAGACCACACAAAGCCAGUGGCGAAGAGAUGACCAAGUACCACAGUGACGACUACAUCAAGUUCCUCAGGUCCAUCCGACCGGACAACAUGUCAGAAUACAGCAAACAGAUGCAAAGAUUCAACGUGGGAGAAGACUGUCCCGUUUUUGACGGCCUUUUCGAGUUCUGCCAGCUGUCCACCGGCGGUUCAGUGGCUGGCGCCGUGAAGCUCAACAAGCAGCAGACCGACAUCGCCGUCAACUGGGCGGGAGGACUCCACCAUGCCAAAAAGUCGGAGGCGUCCGGUUUCUGCUAUGUCAACGACAUCGUUCUCGCCAUCCUAGAGCUGCUCAAGUACCACCAGCGCGUGCUGUACAUCGACAUCGACAUCCACCACGGCGACGGCGUGGAGGAGGCCUUCUACACCACCGACCGCGUCAUGACCGUGUCCUUCCACAAGUAUGGAGAGUACUUUCCCGGUACUGGAGAUCUGAGAGACAUCGGCGCAGGGAAAGGAAAGUACUAUGCCGUCAACUAUCCGCUGAGAGACGGGAUCGAUGAUGAGUCUUAUGAAGCCAUCUUUAAACCUAUCAUGGCCAAAGUCAUGGAGAUGUACCAGCCGAGUGCAGUGGUUCUGCAGUGUGGUGCCGAUUCGCUGUCGGGAGACCGACUGGGCUGCUUCAACCUCACCAUUAAAGGUCACGCUAAGUGCGUAGAGUACAUGAAGAGCUUCAACCUGCCGCUGCUGAUGCUCGGUGGCGGCGGCUACACCAUCCGCAACGUGGCGCGCUGCUGGACCUUCGAGACGGCGGUGGCGCUGGACUGCUCCAUCCCCAACGAGCUGCCCUACAACGACUACUUCGAGUACUUCGGUCCGGACUUCAAGCUGCACAUCAGCCCGUCCAACAUGACCAACCAGAACACUGACGAGUACCUGGAGAAGAUCAAGCAGCGCCUAUUCGAGAACCUGCGGAUGCUGCCGCACGCGCCCGGCGUUCAGAUGCAAGCCAUUCCAGAAGACGCGCCGCACCCGGACAGCGGCGAUGAAGACGACGAGGACCCUAACAAGCGCAUUUCCAUCCGCGCGCACGACAAGAGGAUAGCAUGCGACGAGGAGUUCUCCGACUCGGAGGACGAAGCCGAAGGACAGGGUGGCGGUCGGCGGAACGCGGCCAAUCACAAGAAGGCCAAGAGGGUGAAGAAGGAGGAAGAGCGUGACGGGGAUGAAAAGAAAGACGUGAAAGAUGAAGAAAAGGAAGAGGAAAAAAUGGAUACUUCAGUAGCAAAAGAAGAGGUGAAGACUACUUGA